UAGAUACUAUUUAUAAAGAUUAACAUGUAUGUAUAGAUUGUUAAUAUCUUAAAACCCAUUAAAGGGUGACAGAAUAAAGAUAUUGUCGGUUGUGUUGAUACAUGGGAGUGGGCUGUGGUGAUAUCUGUGCUUUUGUUAAGCACAUACUUGUUAGCGAAUGCCUCUGUGUUUGUGAAGUUAAGAACGAACACUCGGGUAUUGAUAUGACUACAAGUAUGGAAAUGUAGGGCAUGACUGUUUGCCAGUGACAACACAUACACCUACUUACUUCCUUGUUUGAUAACACACGUGUCAUAUCGCUUAAAUAUUCUGUGCUAUUUGAUAAGAACAGGUCAAGACCGCGAAACAGUUUCACUUAAUGAUAUAAAAAUAUUACUAUGAAUAUUUCCUAAUUGCUUUCAAGUAUUGCAAAGAUUUUUGCUCAAUUGGAUUAAAGCAAUGAAGAGCAGCCUAGUGAAGGUUUGCUUGCUACUCGUCCUAGUGAGAUUAACCAAAGGAAACAUGACAUCGCAGUGUAGCACUAGCGACAGUUAUUGGGAAGUGCAGCAGGACAAAAGGAACAACACCUUCACCUGUACUGGACUGACAGCACAGGACACUAUAGAGUGGUAUGUCUGGAAAAGCAGCACUGAUUAUUUUUACCUUGGCAAUUGCAAACCUCUAACAGCAGAACCAACUCAGUUUGUUUGUGACAACUCGCAAGGGCAACCAAUUUUUAUAGCAAGCAGAACAUCUGCUGACGCCGGUCUUAUGGUCAUCAAUCCAGUUGCUGGUGGAGAUGCUAGCCUGUAUCAAGACUCUCGGCUUCUGUGCUAUGCCACGCGAUCAGGGACUGUUGUGGGGAAAGCGAGCUGUCGCUUCGACUAUAUACAUGCCAGUGAAGACACAUCAUGCACAGUUCAGUUUCGUAACGACACGUGGUCUGUGUACGGCCAGUGUAACAUACAGAAAGCCUAUUCCGUGCAGAACAGGUAUCGAUGUGAAUGGAUUCAGACGAAAGAGUUUUGA